AGAGCCCCCAUUCGGACGACCUUGGAUGCCUGCGAGUGGAAAGAGCAGUCGCGACACAGCUACAGGCAGUAUAAACAGAUCGUCUCCUCCCAUCUUGCUCGUCAGUCUUCUGAUUAAGUAAUCCAUGAUGCCGUGGUGCUUCAGGGAUCUUCCCUUCAAGAAGAAACGUUAUAUCACCUUUGCCAUAUCCUUUGCAUCCAACUUCAUCGGCGGAACUGAGUUCGCGAUAAUCCUACCGUCAAUAUGGAGGUACCUGCAGCAACUGGGUGUCACCAACGAGGCGUAUCUUGGCCUCGUCACCUCCUCGUUCAGCUUGGCGUCUCUCUUCUCGGGGAUGCUGGUGGGAUACUGGACGGAUCGGAGCGGGGACGUGAGGAAGAUCGCCCUCUUCAUGAACCUCUUCCAGAUCGCUGGGAAUCUCUUCUACUUCAUCGGGUUCUUCCCUUGGAUCCUCCUCCUCGGCCGAUUCAUCUCGGGGAUCGGAGCUGGAUUGAAUACAGUAAUGUACGCCGAAGUGAGCCGAUCGACGACGGCUGAAGAGAGGACUUCCGUUUUGACUUGCAUGUUUGCCUUGAGGCAGUUGAGCAUGAGCUUCGCUCCCGCCUACAAUCUCGCUAUUGCCAACAUAAAUUUCCAAUUGGGAGGGAUCCAAGUGACGGAAGAGAAUUUCCCUGGACUCUUGAUGGCAGUAAUCUGCAUCAUCUUCGAGUUCGUGUUUUUCUUCUUAUACUUCAAUUUGUCCGAGGAGUUCCAAUUGGAGGAGAAGAGGCGGAUGGCGAGGGAGGCUCAAUCUUCUUAUGGUGCAUGCGACUCUAGAACUUCACUCGGAGAAGAACUGGAAAAGGAACUUCUACAAAAAUCAUUUUCAUCUCCUGAUUGCAAGACCGAAGAGGGAGAAGAGGUUAGGAGAACACGAACGUCAUUGGCAGCUCUAGAUGUCGCCAAGUUGAAGGACGAACCACCCUUUAAAACCCUAGAGGUUUAUCGACGAGAGUUCCUGAAAGUCUCGGUAAUUGCCCUACUGCUCUCGCAGAUGACGGCCUAUCUCUGUCAGACUCUCAUCGAGACGAUCAUCCCACCAGUGAUGCAGAUUGACUUCGGGCUGGGGAAUCGAGAGAAUAGUUACCUGUACAUGGCGACUGGCGGAGAGAGCCUCGUCAUCUACGUCAUAGUCAUCCUGGCGUCCAAAUGGGGAAUCCAGGAACGAAGCAUGAUCCUCUGUGGUUCUGCUGUCAUUGUCUAUGCCCUCGUCCAUAACCUUCUCCUAGGCCUCUAUCUCCUCCCAGAUACGCCGGAUCUCCUGCCGUAUUUCGUCGCGGGCUGCAUGGUCAUGUUCGCGGGAGUACCUGCGGUGUGCGUGUGCACCAUGUGCCUGACCACGAAGCUCGUCGAUCGACGGGCUCAGGGACUUCUACAUGGUGUCCGUCGAGCUUACAACUCCAUGGGAAUCGUUAUCGGACCUCUGUGGGGUGGAGGGUUCGUCUUUGAACCUAUUCCCCUGUACAUCCUCCCUCUUGCAUUCGUUCUCCUCUAUGCUAUUCAUUAUUUCGUUUCUGCCCUCAAAUUACCUCCACGAUGA